CAGGUUGGCUCUAAACACAUGCAGACGGUAAGCGGAGUUGGACCUGUGACCUACUGGCUGCCCACCUUCCUCUGGGACUUCAUCAACUACAUCAUACCUAGUCUCCUGCUUCUGGUUGUUUUCUUUGCCUACUCAAAAUCAGCUUACACAGAGGAUGGCAGAUGGGGCAUUGUUAUCUUGAACCUGGCUGUCUAUGGAUGGGCGGUGUUGCCUUUCACAUAUUCAUUCCAGUUUUUAUUCCAGUCACCACCCAGCGGAGUAGUGGUUCUCAUUAUGUUGAACAUCUUUUCAGGUAAAUUUUUUUGUCAUUUAGAUUGCUAUUUGGCACCUCAUUUUAAAACUUCUUGCCUACACCGUGGUAAUAUAAGCUUUUCAACCUUGACAGACUUUUUGUUGAUGUGUUAUGUUGCGAAUUUCUAUUCUCGUUCCAUUUUCCUACAUUCAUAUCUUAUACUUGUACAAGGCUAUCAGAUAUUUAUUUUGAUGUUAUUGAUCAUUUCCAGUCUGCACUAUGCCGGUACAUUUAUUCUCAUUGAUUGAAAUUUAAGUCAUUCAAAUAGCACACAAAAAAACAAAGUUGAAAGAUAUUUUACAAAUAUUCAUUUUGUUUUUACUUCUCUUUUUUACCAUUGCUGAAGCCACAGAUCAAUGUUCUCACAUCAUGUUCCAAGCCCUUACAGAUUAUGUUGAUAAUGUGUCUCUCAACAGGUAUCAUUACAACAACAGUUGUAUUCGUCCUUCAGUUGCCAGGAGUUGGU